AUGGUUUCGUUUACAAGGUUAACCACACUAGCGCUGGGCUUUACAAAAUUAGUGAAUUGCAAUCCAGUGUCUCCUAAAAAUAAUGACUCUUUGCGGUUCAUUUAUAAAGAAAGAGCAAAUGUAUACUCCGACGCCAACAGCCAAUCCAUUCGUGAAAAAAUUCGUGGAGUUAAUUUGGGUGGGUGGCUGGUAUUGGAGCCAUAUAUUACACCGUCUUUAUUUGAAGCUUUCCGCACAAACCCGCAUAAUGAUAACGGUAUCCCUGUUGAUGAGUACCGCUUUUGUCAGAGUUUAGGUUACGAAAAGGCAAAAGAACGUCUGUAUAACCACUGGUCAACGUUUUACAAGGAGGAAGAUUUUGCAAAAAUUGCUUCUCAAGGCUUCAAUUUGGUUAGGAUUCCUGUUGGAUAUUGGGCCUUUACAACACUAAGUCAUGAUCCAUACGUUACCGGAGAACAAGAAUAUUUUUUGGACAAGGCUGUCGAUUGGGCCAGGAAAUAUGGCUUAAAAGUUUGGAUUGAUCUGCAUGGAGCUGCUGGCUCCCAAAACGGAUUUGAUAACUCAGGGUUGAGAGAUUCAUAUAAGUUCUUAGAUGAUGAAUAUUUAAGCGCCACUAUGAAAGCUUUGACCUAUAUUUUAAGCAAAUAUUCCACUGACAUAUAUCUAGACACUGUUAUUGGGAUUGAACUACUGAAUGAACCUCUUGGCCCUGUUUUCGAUUUGGAAAAAUUGAAGAACCUCUUUUUGAAACCAGCUUAUGACUACCUAAGAAAUAAAAUUAUGAGUAAGCAAAUCAUAGUUAUACAUGACGCUUUUCAGCCUUACAAUUACUGGGAUGAUUUUUUAAAUAGUGACAAAGAAGAGUAUGGCGUCAUAAUAGAUCAUCAUCAUUAUCAAGUAUUUUCGCCUAUUGAACUAGCAAGAAACAUGGAUGAACGUAUUAAAAUUGCCUGCCAAUGGGGAAUUGGUACCUUAAGCGAAAGACAUUGGUCUGUAGCAGGCGAAUUCUCGGCAGCUUUGACAGACUGUACAAAGUGGCUGAACGGCGUUGGGUUUGGUGCGAGAUACGAUGGAACUUGGGCCAAGGGAAAUGAGAAGUCCUAUCACAUCGGUUCGUGUGUGAACAAUGAGAAUGUAGGUUUGUGGUCUGAGGAAAGAAGACAAAACACUAGAAAAUUUGUCGAGGCUCAAUUGGAUGCCUUUGAAAUGACCGGUGGAUGGAUCAUGUGGUGUUACAAGACAGAGAACAGUAUUGAAUGGGACGUUGAAAAGCUAAUUCAACAUAACCUUUUCCCACAACCAAUUAGCGACAGAAAACACCCAAAUCAAUGUCGCUGA